GGAUGGAGUUCCAAAAGCAGUGGCAUUUGUUGGAGGCAAUGAAGUUUCUUAAGCCACAUAUUGUACCACGGCCGGUUAGAUUCUCACAAAAUAUUUAUGAAACCGCUGUCAUCGAUCAGGGUCAGUUGCAAUCACCAACUGAAGACACUCGAUUGCAGCCACAUGGACAUGUGCAGGAGGUGGAAGUGCCAUCACCGCUAUGGUCUUUGUCGCCUAUAAGUCCAAUCGCAAUAUCGCUGCCGUCGCCGUUGCCUCCUUUCGCUGUGGCGCCAUCCCCGACUCCUUCCGCAUCCACCUUCCUCACCAUCCUGCUCUACGCAGGCGGCUACCCAAAAGGGUAGAAAGCGAGGUCAAUCUGGGUCAACUACUAGCGAGGUUGACGAGAAAAUCAUAGAAGCCAUCGAGAUUUUUAAAAAUAAAUGGUCAACACAACCAACCCAGCAGAUCCAACAACAACAACCAGCAAGUCCGGCUGUGCAAUCAUUCAGCACUUUAAUCGUGUCCAUUUUAAAUAAAAUGGACGCCGAAAAACAAGCUAGGGCAAUAAAGAAAAUGCUGCAAGCUGCGUUUGAAUUGCAGAGAGAAGAGUAAUAAAAUGUUAAGUUAAUUUAA